AUGAGCAUCAAGGCCGUCCCCACGGCUGACUAUAUACAACGAAUACAGCCUCAAACCAUGACCGUGAAUCUACUGGUGGGUAUCAUCAGCAUUGCCCCCGCUAGAACGGUGACAACACGCAAAAGCGGUCAUGACAUGGAUAUCAUUGAGCUUAUCGUUGGGGACGAGACCAAGGCCGGCUUCACAAUCAGUUCCUGGCAUCGAGCUCAAGACUCUCAGCAGCCAUACAAGACCGAGGAUCAAUCACGCACAACCCUCUCAUCAAUGCGCUCACAAGACAUUGUCCUCAUUGAAAGAGUAGCACUAAGCUCCUUCCGCAAUGCUGUCUUUGGCCAGUCUCUUAACCGGAGAGCCACCAAGAACGCCACAACAUUCACGGUCCUACAAAAAGCACACAGUCUGCCUUCAGACAGCGCUCAGCAACCCAGCUUCCCUCGAGCGGUCGAGAAUAAGCUCGAGCGAGUCCGCGACUGGGUGUCAAGCUUUGUUGGACCCGGUGCUAAACGCAAGGCCCAAUCUGAACCAUUACCGCAAGCAGGAACGAAGAAGAAAUCGAGAAGUGCUUUGCUAGAGGAGUUUCUGCCAGCUGAUUCCCAACCUUGA